AUGAAAGACCACAACACCAACGAAGACAUUUAUUGCGAAGCCUUGGCGGAAACUCUACAUCAUGUUGCGCUACCCGUGACGGUGGGAUUUUAUGCCCCAUGGGGGCGAAACAAGAGAAGCCUCUUAGACAAAGUCAAAGGUGCCUUGACCAGGAGAAGUGAAGAAAGAAAGGAUGGCAAAGGUGGCGGAGGAAGUGGGACUUCUCUGCUCUCCCUCGUCUGGCGCGUCAUUUUUUAUCUCCCCGUCUUCGAUUCCCUAUCGUCCGAGAGAGUCCGAUACAUCUUCAUCAGCUUCGACGCCUGGGAGUACGUUGGGUGUGACCACACCUGGGCCGGCCUUGUGACGACACUGCUGGAUGAAAUUGAAGAGAAAAAUAAAAUACUGUUCAUGGUCAUGAAGAAUGUUCUUUUCACGAUGAGAAUGAAGCUUCAGAAGGACAUGAACAGGAAGGAUCUCAGUGCGCAGCUGGGCUUCAUGCACUCUGUGAAGGAAGAGGUCAAAGCCACCAUCCACUUCCUCCGCCUCAUGGCACUCAGAGAGGACAGAGAGAUCCGGGUGGUCUUGAAGAUCACCAGCUUGGACUUAUGCACUCCAGACAAGGUGGUGGCAGUCCUGGACGCCAUCAAUAUCCUUCUUUGUGACCCAAACGCUCCCUUUAUCUCCAUCCUGGCUGCCGACCCAAGCAUCCUAGUGGAAUGCAUUCAAUGGUCAAGCAAUACCUGCAGCAACGGCUACUUGUACUUGGACCGCAUCAUUUCCUUGCCCUUCUCUCUGCCGCGGAUGAGUCCGAUGGCCAAGUCACAGUUACUCAAAGGGAUUUUGAAAAACCAGAUGAAGGGGGGUUCCACUGUAAAUCCAGGUGAAGGACACCACGCAGAAAGUCGUAACAAAGGUAGGGUAUUAACCAGAAAGGAAAUUGAGCAAAUCAGUCACUACUUAUGCCAUGAGAAUUUUGAUGCCUACUUCCCGGGGAACUCUGUCCAGAUGAAGAGGGUCGUGAACACUGUGCUGACCGUGUGGACCAUGAUCAAAAUGGGAUUUCGACCCAAAGGAGGACACCAAAGGAAUGGAACAGAUGAGAGAGAGAGAAUCGAAGAGAUGAUCGAUUGGGUUGUCCUUGCCAAUUGUUGGCCUUGCCGUCUGAGCUGGAUUUUGCAAUGCGUGGAGGAUGAUCAGCAGCGAAGUAUACUUGAGGAAAGCCAAAGAAGGGCCUGCCAGGACAGUGUGGGAAAUGCAGAAGGACACCCACAGGGGAGAAUCUCAGAGAGGAACGGCAGGGGAUUACUGGACGUUUAUGAGGCCAACGCUUGGGAUCUGGACAGGAUGAAGUACAACCUCAGGAAGCUUUUGGAACUUGAUGGAGACCCUGACCUUUUCCGAACCUUCUUGCAGAAGAGCCAUUUUACAGUCGGGCGGGCCAGGUAUUUUUCUGACCUCCUCCUCAAUUUGGACUUCUCCUUAAAACGGCGCUUUGAAUUGCUGCGUGGUCUCAGCAGGAUCGCCAGGGAGAAGGAAAGGGUGGAUCUCCUCCCAGUGAGAAACACCGAGACGUAUGGCCAAGUGCAGGACAAUUAA